AAACAGUCAACCGUAGCGUCGACGGUGUUUGCGACUGUUAAACCAACACGUUCGAGGAAAGUCCGCUGAAAUGUAACAUAGAUUGUGGUAGGCUAGGCUUCGUUUCCGACUUAGACUUGAUCAUGAUACGAACGUACCCCGCGGUUCUGUUGUUGCUUCUGCUUUUCCUUGGGUCGGGACUGGUGCAUAGUGAGGGUCAAGAUAAGCAUAAAAAUGGAGAUACAGUUGGUGUUGGGAAGUGCAAAGACAAUAGUGGCCAAGGGCGUUCGAGGAACGGAGUUGAAAAUGGGGUUCAAGAGGAAGUUUCCGGCAGGAUGACCGAAGACCAUAAUGUGAGUUUAGUCGAAGAAGGUCGCAAGCGUGGCGGUAGCCAAAACGGUGGGAAUCAACAGCAAAAAGGCAUCAUGGAACGAAUCCUGCCUAUGAUGAUAAUGCCUUUCAUGAUCUCCACUGGGAUGAUUCCGAUGAUGUUGGUGUCCUUGAAGAUCAUGAUGUUGAAGAGCGCUUUGAUCGGGAAAAUCGCCAUCAUUCUCAUUUUGAUCAACAUGUUCAGGAACAGAUCGAAUAGGGGCGGAGUUUUUAACCAUAACAUUAUGGGACUCAACGGAGAUGGAGGUGGUCAAAGUCAUGACAAAAAUGACUGGAUAAUGCAAGAGCAUUACGGUUAUCAAGGUGAAGCAGAAUAUGGUGCGUAUAUUAGUAAAAGAAGGCGAAGAAGAAAACGAAAUAUAACUAAUGACUGAAAUAAUUAUAGUCUAAGAGUGAAGUGUGUUGUUUUAGAUAUAAUUAUUUCUUUGUCUUGUUGAAAAUGGUUAGAUCGCUGUUUAUUUGCUUCAUUGAAAAAUACUUGUGUGUUAUGAAUAUAGGGAUAUUACUUUCAUGUAAAAUGUUCAACCAAAGAACAGGUACUAUUUAAGAAAAGUUGACCUCAGAACGGCAAAGUGUUACAUUAAUUUUGGUCUGAAAUUGUAUAAAUAACAUUUUUGAUUUUUCUAUUAUUGAAAAUAGUGUUUGGCAGAUUAUUCAGUUGGAUAUAGAAUAGGUGGAUAUAUCGAAUUGACAAAUUCAAUGGCGAUGUCAUCGAGCAUAACUUGAUGGAUACUAAAAAGCUCUACAUUCGUCCUAAUUCACUAGUCCUAUUGUAGUGUAGUCAUUAUUUAUUUUUACUAUUCAAUAAAGUAAUAAACUAC